CCUCCUGGCAACGGGAUUCUCACAGUGCCAUUAUCAACUGCUUCACAAAGAACAAUAAUUAAUGUGCCAUAUCUCUGGAAUAUUACCAACUUAAAAAACCCUUUCCAGACAUUUUAUGGAGCCACGUCCACACUUGAAUUUCACUGGCGGUCCACUGAAGGUAACACCACAUAAUUAUUAAAAAUAAUUAUCAAAUAUUGAUUAUGUAUAUAUUACAUCACAUACGAAUAAACUUACUAAUCCACUGGGAAAAAUUUUGAAAAUCCAUAUAAAGGCCAUAGAAUGGAAAUUGUAUGGACCUUCAUUGGAAAUAGAAUGGAUUUUGAUUAUCCGUAAUAAUUGUAUGUUUCCAUACAAUGGAAAUAGUAUGGAUAUACUAUGGGUUUAGUGGUGCAAUUGCAAAUAUCAUAGUAUGGAUUUUCACAUUUUUUCCCAUUGAUCACAACCGCUAUUCGACCUUUGUGCAACGCCUAAUUAUUCCGGAGAUAGCAAAGCCCGGGGUUAAGGAAUUGUAACCACUGAUCAACGCUAAUCCUGGUUUUCGAACAACCGGUCAGGUUUACAGACAUUUAUUAAUUAAACAUUCAACCUCGUACCCGGGGUCCUGUGUUUAAAGGUACCCUGGGUACGAGGUUGUUAAGCGCGUAAUUUUGCUGCCCCUGGCCCUAUACUACUGCGAUUGGGUGACCCCAAGGCAGGGAGAUCCAUGAAGCUCUGACAAUAUGAACAUUUUGCCAGUCGUUUAGAAGCCAGUUUUAAUGGGUUUCUUAAACUAGAAAUAUAAAUAUAGGCUUAUAGCAAAAUACAAAUAACACAAUGCAGAAAUUGUUUUUGACAGAAACAGUGAAAUGUUUGCCAGUGUACUUAUGCACGUACAACUUUAAAUGUAACAUUAAAUCUUAAAUUUCCCACAUCUUGCUUUUCUUUCAACUAACUCGUUGAUCAUUUUGUCAACGGAAAGCUUUAUUGCCUCCUCUGUCUCUGUUGAGAUCAGGUCAAGCGCAUCUAAUCGGUAUUGUGCGACAGAUGACUUAAGGCUGAGAUAAGUCUUAAUUAUCUUCAACUUAUCUGAACGAUCUCUCUGCUGACUGCUGUAGCAACUGUUACAGGUAGAGUUAAUGCACUCUUUAUUUUUUUCAAAUUAUCGGUCAUCCCGAGCAAUUUUUCAAUUCCUUCAAACAGAACCUAUGUCAUGCACUCUUUAUUUUUUUCAAAUUAUCGGUCAUCCCGAGCAAUUCUUCCUUCAAACAGAAUCUAUAUGACAAAACUUCUUGAGUCAAAUCAUUAGCAUAUAGUCUUCUGGGGUUUCAAACUUGGAACACAAGUCAAACUUGUAAGUAGAAAUCAGAUUAUUGGCAGCGCAACAGACUCACUCAUUAGCUGUCAUCGUCAAUAUGCUCUUUGGUGCCAAAAAAUUGAAUGUCUUAGCAACAAGAAAGGUCUGAUCUUUGAACCGUUCUUCUAGAUGCGAUGCAGCCGUGUCAAUAACUUCAAAAGAAUACUUCGACACGGAAUUUCUUCUCUUGGUUUGGGAUGAGUUCAUCUCUUGCUUCUUCGUCAAAAAAUCUACGAACUUUCAUUGUUCUCUUUUCAAUAAAAGAGGAUACAGGAAUGCCAACUUUAAGAGCAAACACUGUAGAUUCUUUUAGAAUUUCAUUCGAUUGGCCUCUCAUCUCUCUAACACUAUUCGACGCUCUUCUCAAUUCACUGGCAGAUUUUCCUAGAUCUACUGCCAUUGGCUCCAAAGACAUUCCAUAUUUCCAUUCUACAUUUGUACUUUGCCUUGUUUUGCUUCAACUUCUGAUGUCACGUCAUACACCAACUGUGCUGGUUCUGUGGUGCAUUUGAUACAGAAAAUCUUAAUCUGAAAAGUUCUUAAUAGCUUUACGAAACGGAAAUUAGAUGAACAAUGUCCCCGGAAAACUCAGUUCAAGGUGCCCCCUUGGAAGGAUGGCUGUCCAAUUUUGUUUAUGUUCAAAGUAUGGCAUGAUAAUUCCAUAUCGAAACGUCGAGACUUAUUUGCCGUCGUUAUAGAUCCGGGCAAUAUAUAACACGUAUACCGGCGGUAUACACGUAUACCGCCUUUCCCUAGGCCCUAGUGCGCACAUGAAUCUGGCACAAACGUACGCUUCGUACGGUCCGUAAAGCCAUUUCACAGUUCAUACGGACCGUACGGACCGUACGGAUUUGUCGGAUCGUGAAUCGCCGUACGAACGGUACGAUCCGUCGAACUGUUGGUAGAUCUGGGCAACAAGCAUCUGCUAUCGGAGACCAUCUAUUGCGUUUACGAGUUGAUACGGAUCGUGACUCGUGUUUACCGUCCGUACGAAUUUGACGGAUCGUGAAGCUGCUUCACGAUCCGUAUCAUGUCGACAGUAUUGGACAUGUAUGCUUGGAAGCCCGAUUGCCUGAGUGCCCCCGGCUCUAACCAGGUAGAGCUCAUAGGAGUUCAACCUCGUUCUCAGUCUGGGAACGAGGUUGAUAGGAGUUACGCCACUGUCUUACGAAUUUCCUUUAUAAUCGUUAAUGCACUUGAUAGGAAUUUAUUUUGUGUAAAAGGUUUUUGUAAACUGUUUUCAAAACAAGACAACUGCAGUGAGUGUUAAAGGAUUAGUGUCACCAGGGACGCCGGAGAGGGGCGUAAGGCAAAGAUACUUUUUUAUUUUAGUAAAAUACUUGAGAUGUUUUACAAAAUAGGUACGCACUGUGUACAUGUGGCUAGCUUUGUAAACGUAAUAGUAUAAUACUAGAAAUACAUACAUGCAACAACCCCUGGCCUAUAUUUUCCAAACAUUGAUUUAACAUGAAGUAUUACCACGAUUUCCUAUAGUAAAUUAAUCCUUCUCAACGUUUCCCAUGUGGUCACUCCAUGGUGUCGCGGGCUUUGUUUUAUGUUACUUAAAAUCAAGAAUAAAAUAAAAAUGCCUUGCUUGGUACAUUUCCAAUAAUAAUCAAAUAAAAGGAUUCUCAAAGGCUGGUUUAAAUAUAAUAUACGACGGAUUAAAAAAAACUUUUUCAAAUCUGUCGGCCUAUAUACUCGGCCAUAAAUUGGCCGCCAGUAGGAAUGUGAGCCCGAAAAAAUGUUAUGAGAUUCUCUAGUAGUCAACACUGCAUCUCAAAACGUGUUCAAAGCAUAUAUGUGUUCUUAUAUGCAUUUUGUUUUUUUAUUUGUUUUGGCCCAGGUGAAGAGGGUUUUCAAUUGUUAACAUGGUCUAAAGAUCAGAUGCUGAAAUUAUGGAACCUGGACCCACGUUGUUGGCAAGUAUGUAUAGAUUUGAAAAACUCAUUAAUAAUUCAUGAAGAAAACACAAAGAAAAAUCAUAAGCGUGUCGUAUCUGUAUAUGUGAUACAGAUUCAUGUUGAUUUACAUAAACUUUAACUUUGAUUUUCUCGGCUUAGACAACGUUUAUUUUUAAAAUUACUUCGCCAAUGAACUCAUGAGAUGAGUCGUUUUUUAAGUUGUUACAACAUUCGCGUCCGUGUUGUAUCGGAUAUACAAACUCUCGGCUUCGGCUCGAGUUUGUAUAUCCGAUAUAACCCGGCCGCUCAUGUUGUAAACGUUACAUGUUUAACAAACAGAUAGUAUUUUGCCAGUGUCUUUCUUUAACAAUAGGGACCUUAAGGUAAUUCCGCAAUUUCGCAUUGCGCACUUUUACUGCGCACAUCUUAUAACUUAUAAUUUCAUCCAUUAUACGUACCGUUUAAAAAAAAAUAUUUUAUGACAAUUUUAUGUUACUUCAAAACAUCUUUGGUUAGAUUCGUGCAAAGAAUUACGUUAAAAUCAAUGUUUUCAAAAAAGGCAUACAAAAGUGUAGCUAGGGUUCCCUGUGUCUGUAGUAUAUUUAUUUACUUGUAUUUCACGUUUUAAUGCCACAAUUCCCCGAUCGGUGACCCCCGUCUUUUAAUUGAUAAUUUAUUUCUUUAAUGCAUUUUACAUUUCAUAUCCGAAAUUAAAAGAAAAGUCAUUUCUGGAUCUUGAAAAAAAAUCCUUUAUCAAUGCAUGUUCUCAAAGAAAGAUAUGUAAAGAAAUGUGGAAAAGACAUUUGUGGAUCAGAAUUGUACACGUUAGUAGUUUCAUUUUGCUCAAAACACAAUAUUUUUUCCAAACUAAUUACAAGAUAGGUUUACUAAACCAAAAUCCGCGCUAAAAACGUCAAUAAAUAUCGGGCUGUUGUGAUUUUGCUGUUACUCGUAAUGAGCGUCAAGAUGGCGCCAUAUUGGGGUAAAGGUGGUAUAUUGUGAUUGUCAUAUCUUCUUAACGAGUUCGGUGACCCCGACUUUUUUGUGUGAUUUUACUUUAAGUAUAUCAUAAACUCCAUGCCUGGAAAGUUUCAGCACAUUCUCAUUUCGGGAACAAUUACUGCGGAAUUACCUUAAGCAAACAGGACGACAACACGACGACGACGGCUAUUCACACUAUGAUAUUCCUGAUCUCGUACAAAAGAAAUGAAUAAUUAAAAGACCCACGGGAGUUAGAGACGUUGUGUUAGGGCUUUUUGCAACGGCAAACCAGAGAUUUUCACGUCUCCUGUACAACGCAAACAUGUCAAGACGCGACAAGUGAAACUACAAAUUUGCUCAGCAGAAGCGUUUUUAACCAUAAAGCCUUUGUUUUAAUCUCUUCAAACUGAACUCAAUUCAUAUAUACAUGCAGUGGGUAAUACAUAACAACACUUCUUCGCAAUAAUUUAUUUGAAGAAGUUUGUUUUGGUUGUCGUCGUCGCGUUGCCGUCGUACAUGCUUAUAAUUUAAGGUCCUUAAUUACUACGUGCAGACGAUAUCAGACUUGUUGGAACAACUUGUUGCGGGUCUGUUGGUCUCAUCAACCUUGUUACAAGGUGAUAACAACUUUUUACUGACUUGUCAACAACUUGAAACUAGCAGUGCGAACACAUCUUGUUGAAAAGCUGCGCGUAGUGAAUACGAAAGCCCUCUUUUCCCUUCCAUUCACCCGCUUCUAAGGAAGGGAAAAUAGAGCCUGAUACUCCACUUAAGUAUGGUGCUAAAUGAACUGAGCUAACCAAAGAUAUGUUUGUUUUCUUCGAAAUUUAGCUGACUACAGCUCAAGACAUACGCGAAGAACAUCCUUUGUUAUCUCCUGAAGUGCCAGAGUUUUUGCCAAAUUCGUCAGGUGAUGAUGAUGCGAUAGAGAGCAACGCCAGUAGUGAUAACCUUAUGUUACCUGCUGGUGGAAAACCCAAUAAUUUGGAUGAAGAGAUCGCGCAAGCUUGUAAUGCUUUUUUCAGUGUUGUCUGGGAAGAGGUAAAUGAGAAUAUAUGUAUGGAAUCUGAUAUAUUAUAAAACUGGAUAUAUCCGUAGUGAAAUAAAAUAUAUUUGUAUAUCCGUAAAGAAGUAAAAGCCUCCGUUACUCGAUCAAUCAGGCUCCCUUUUUCACCAGCUUUGGAUAAAACUUCAAAUUGUGCGUGGGGUUCGUGAAAGGUGAAAAAUGGCUGAGGUUUCUCGGAUCGAUGUUUUUCAGUUUUUGUCGUUAAUACUCUAUACCUAAAAGGUUAAAACUAAUUGAAGCAGGUGAGUCCAUAUUUUUCCGUGUUCUGUCCAUAUGCCUUAAAAAUGGUCCAGAAACGUUUUCUUGUGUUUUCCUGCGGUUUUUUACCCGAAUUUUUUUUUUCACUCAUCAAAUAACUAUAUAUGCUUUUUAUGACGAAGUGUUGCUAGAAUUUACUUUUUCUGAAAGGCCACUUGCUCUAGGUUCUUUGGAGUGAAAUAAAGUCCGACUUCAUUUUCCGCCAUCUUUGGCUUCAAACACAAAACUAUGUCACACCAAUAUUGGUGCCUCAGGUCUCUUUUUCCAGUGUUCUGAAACUCAUCAGAAGUUGUUUGGGAGGCUAUGUACUCUAUUUCUCGCAGAUAUUUGCUUGAUAAUAAAAUUAAUAAGCACUUUUCCAUUGGUCAACAAUCCGACAGAUUUAUAGUUUCUUCUCAUUGUAAAAAUCCUAGCGCCAAAAUUUGUUCAAAGGGAUGUUCUGUGUUCGUUUUUAGAUCAGUGGUGCAGAUCACUAUGGUUGUAAAUAACUGUGGAGUUUGUAGGAAUUCACUUUAGUAAAAAUAUAUAUAUUGCUAUAAUACUCUUUGCGUCCACGUCAUUUCGAAAAAAAUCAUGUUGCCUUUUUUAGUCUAGGCAUGCCACGAAUGAAGUUUGGUCAACACUUGUUUCCACAUACCAAACUGACAUGACGUCAUUUUCGGAAGAUGGAAGAGGUGUUAAAUGGCUAUGAAACGAAUCCAAAUUCCCUACCUCUAACACAAUUAAUAAAAAUAAUGCAAAAAGAAAUAACUUUAGAAAUUGAUCAAAUGACAUAACGUCAGUUUUGUAGAUGGCAACAAGUGAAAACCAUUCAAUUUAUUCUCAACUACGCCAACAUUGGGGGGGGGUGCGCUUCAUUUAUAGAAUAUAUGUGGUGUAAAUGUUAAUUUGCUCAGUGUUUUCAAUAAGAGGCGGUUACCGCCGCCUAUUUCGCCUCUUACAGCCGGUUAUUUUUUCCUUUACUGUAAUUUUCUAGCGACAUUAGAUUGUAUGAUUUUAUUGAAAAUAGUAUAAAGCAAGUAACUAGGGAUCCAAGGAUAGUGUAAAGUUUCAAAUUGAAAAAGACACGGCAAGAACUGUAUAAGGUCGCCGACAACCUAGAACAGUAAGAGCAGGCAUAGGCUAAAGCAACCAUAGGCUAGAGUAGGCACGUUACUCAAAAAUGUGGAUUAGAACAACGUUUUUUAGGGGAUAAACAAUUCCUUAUCACUCCCUUCGUAACUCGUUUAUUAAAUGUUUAAUUGCAAGAGCUCUUAUUUGGGCAUGACGACUUUCUGUUUUGUAAAGUUGAUGGCUUACACUACGAAAUAAACAGUUACCAUGAUCCUCUUGGAAAGCAUACUCAUGCAUGUCUUUUCAAAAAUGGACUUGAAGCCGUACUAUUACCUACACUAAUCCUAUACAGAUGAGUAUUAUAUUAAAAGUUAAUGUUAUCACUAAAACCAAGAGCAACAUAUUAUUACAAAAGUUUAAGGUGGGGAGAAGAAAGAAGUCCAAAUCAUGCAGUCUUAAAUUUAUAGCAUGCAUGCAGAUUGCUUUUUACUGAAAACCUAAAAAAGGGUUGAAAUUUGGCUUUCACUUGAAAUUUUUGAACGCAGACGCCUAUUUUUGAAAUGCAGCCUGCUAUGAUGAUUAUUAUUGAAAACACUGAAUUUGCUUAUAAUAGAAAUGGACACGCGCGUUGAAUGGCAGUGUAGCAAUACAAGAUAUAUAAGGUAUUAAGGUAUACAACUAAAGCUGAUCACAUAAUGCUUUAUAGAUUGAUAUCACGAACCGAAGUUGCACGAUAUCUGUGAAAAGUGGCAACAACAACCUGAGGAUAAAUAUUACAUUUCCAGAGCUCUAUCCUGAGAAUGCUGUUCCAUCUUUUGAAAUUACAGACGACUCUCCUGUCGAUUCAGCAACCAAGGUCAAAAUACGAGAGGUAUAAACUAUAUAUGGUUUUGUGCCAGCCGAUUUUUUCUCCAUUCCAUUUUAAACGUUUUGUCUAAUCAGCGAUAACAUUGCGUAUCGUAAGAUAAUUUGGUCAUAUGGAGCCCAAAGAAUCUACUAUAAUUUCAAUUAUAGCAGACAUGUGUUUUUAGAAAUCUAUCCCCCUAUCAUCAGCAUGACUUAAAACAAAAUGCACUUUUCAAUUCAAAUUCUCCCAGAUCCCCUUAGCAAGAUUCUCAUCGCGUUGCCUCGAAUUUAGUUCUUAUCAACAGCAAGCAGCAGUCCAAUAAACAAAACAUUACUUAAUAGCAUUUAAAAUACUAACUUUCCAUGUUUAGAUCUUACGGGAAAACGCUCAGUCAUGUCUCAAGAACAACGAACGUUGCUUAGAGCAAUGCUUAAACAGCUUGCUCACAUGCAUAGAAGAUUUAAAGGUAGUUAAAGAUGUAAUAUGUGCAGCAUGAGCGAGAUAAGCGAUACCGACAAAGAAAACGUCCACUGGAAAAAAAGUGAAAUCCAUACUACGAAAUUUGCAAUUGCACCACAAAAUCCAUAGUAUAUCCAUACUACUUCCAUACUAUAUCCAUACUAUGGAAAUAUACAAUUAUUAUGGAUAACCAAAAUCCAUUCUAUUUCCAAUAAAGGUCCAUACAUAUGCUUAUAAUAUACAGAAAAAUAUUACUCAACUGUGAUUGGUUGAUUUCAGUGCAGUUAAUCUGCAGUGCAAAAUUCUGAAACAGCAGUGUAAAAGUCUGUAACAAACUGAUCUGCAUGAUUAGUGGAAAAACAAUGGGAUCUAAAAUCAACCAAUCAGCUUAAAGCAGUCGUCAAGUAACGGUCACAGAGUGUUUCAAAACAAAGCGCCGGCCGCGCUACAUGAGGUAAAAGUUGAGUUCGUGUGGAAAAUAUGGCAUUUAUCUUUUUUAAAAAUGGAAAAAACUAGCAAGACUAGCCAGCCAAUUUGUGUGAGUGAAAAUUUCAAGCCGUUAGCAUUGUAUAAUGUGAUGUAACAAAGCGGGAAAACGUUGUCAGUAGACGGUUCGCUAUAGACGUAAGUUAAAACAACAUUUGCCUCGAACGUCUUUAUGUAUAUUAUUAAUCCGUAAAAGGAUGGUUUCUCGUGAAAUUUAGAUACGACAAGCACUCGUGAGUUUUUCAAAUACCUCAAAUAGCACUCGUCCUUCGGACUCGUGCUAUUUUGAUUUUCUUUGAAAAACUCACUGGUGCAUGUUUUAUCCAAAUUGCACUCUAAACCAUCGUAUUAUACAUAUACUAAUAGACCAAUUUCGAAUUACGCUCUAAUUGUCAAAUAACACCAAAUCGAGGCUUGGUGCUAAUGCCCGGUAUAGAAACAUUUAACAAUAAGACAACGAGGCUGAGUUGUCUAAUUGUUUUAGUAUAAACUCCUACUCAAAAUACAAAAUACAAGUACAAUUUAUCAGAUUUAGAUAAAAAUUGAAACCGAACGCACGGGUAUUUGAAUGAUUUAUUUCUUGGCUUUUUUCGUGUGUUUUUCCAAUCGAUUAUAUAGAGAAUAAUACAUGGGUGCGCGGAAAUACCAGAUUUAUUUCGAGUGUUGAACAUGAUAUCUCACGAGUGAGCGCAGCGAACGAGUGAGAUAUCAUGUUUAACACGAGUUCUGUAACAUCUGUUUAUUAUAUAAAGACAGUCUUCGACAAGCGAUAAUUUUUAUAGAAACGCGAUAAUUGAAAAGCGAUAAUUUUCACAUGUGAGAUUAUCAUGAAUAAUCUCACAUGUGAGAUUAUCACUUUUAUCAGUGCUCGAAAUCUCUAUAAAGCACUAUACUUUAUAUAAUAAAUAUCCUUAAUAAUAAUCGAUCAACAAAGCAGCCGUGGAUAAUGUGAUACCUUGAUAACUUUCUUUCCCGAUGAUAUUUUCGAUGCAUGUGAUUAAAGCGAAAUUUUUCGCCAGCGGCGGCGAAAUACGUGAGUGGAAAACGGGCUUAAAUGACAAACGCGACUAUACUCUAUAGUUAUCACUGCCACUAACUGAUGGGGGCAGCUCUACAAAGAAAAAUACAAAUUUUAGUUUAGUUAAAUAUACAAACGUUUGACCGGUUUGAAAAGAAUUAAUUGAAUUGGUAUAAUUGUAGAUAACUUUUACGUGAAUACUUUCGAUGAGGGACUUUGGCGGAGGUAAUAUGCACAGUCUCAAAGUAUCAUCUUGUUUGGUUUACAUAAUUCCAGUUUUAUUUUUACAGGUUGAAGAUUGCGGCGUCAUAAAUUCUCAAUUCCAUCCAUACAGUUUGGAUACACGUGCUUUUGGUUGGCAAGAUGCUGCUAUUCCUUUUCCACGAACGUCGGGAGCAGCCUUUUGUGCCAAUGGUAUGUCGGUAAAAUUUAUAUGUAAUUCUGUAUAGAAAAUUGCCCAUGCAACGAAGUAAUAGACAUAUGCCCUAGAUCAGAGGUUUUCCUGUUUGCUAUUACCUGUAGACUGCACUUAUAGGCAUGAAUUAUUCGUUCGACUAUGAACGGAAAAAACGGGUUGGCCAGAUGCCCGUGUUUACAUUAUAAAGGAAUACAUUAAUAAAGCGUUGGAAAUAUUGAAUAUUUUAGUUACUGACGAAGCUUUUUUUCGAUACAGUUUGGAACGUUGCGUAUUUUAUUAUUAUUAUUUAACAAAUAUAAAACAUUUUCCGUGUUGAUAUACAACACGAGUGGAAAUUGGGAAAACGAGAAACUGUGUGGAAACACGACGCCCGAAGGGCGGAGUGUUUUCACACAAUUUCGAGUUUUCCCAAUUUCCGCGAGUGUUGAUAUAACUAUAUAUCAAUACGGAAAAAAUGUUUUAUAUUUGUUUUAUAAUAUAGCACAAAGAAAUAGAAAGAAAGAAAUUUUCCGACGUUUCCAUGUUGACAUUGAGUUAUAUCAACACGGCUUUUAGCCAAUCAGCGUUCAGAAUUUACAAAUGCUAUAUUAUAAUAUUAAAUCUUAUUUACACACAUACAAGCAACGGUAGCCCUUCAGCAAAAUAUUGUAGCAAAUAAAUAAAAAGGAUCAAAAUGUAUACACACAGUCUUAAACAUAUACCCUAUAUACAUGAUAUACACACCCACCCUCCCACCCAUUCAUAUUGUGCAAUAUUGGAAAAAUUAUCAACUACAUUACAUACUGUGAUUUGCAGUUGAGCUUAGAGACAGGAAGUUUUACCGCUCAGUUUGAUCGUUGAAACGCACAAGUUACCAACGGCAAAUUCAAAUGUUGUCAAGCGGAAAUGCGAAUGUUUUCAUGGGAAAUUUAGGCACUUUCGGCCAAUCACAUAAUUUCUGCGCCUUCUUCACUAUGAUUGGCCGAAAGUGCCUAAAUUUCCUAUGAAAACAUUCGCAUUCCCGCUUGACAACAUUUGAAUUUGCCCUUGGUAACUUGUGCGUUUCAACGAACAAACUGAGCGGUAAAACUUCCUGUCUCUAAGCUCAACUGCAAAUCGCAGUAAUUGUGUGUUUAUCUGUCUCGGAGCAGAGGUCUAGAUCUUGGUAAUGAUAUUUAAUUUUAAAUUCAGGUGGUAAUUUAUUCCAGAUGGUUGGGCCUGAAUAGCCAAUGCUUUUUUUAAGAAAAUUUUUUUUUGCUUUUCAAGAGAAUAAUCACAAUUAUUAUUGCGCAAAUUAUGUUUUUGAUUAUUCUUCACUUUAAACAUGUUAGUAAUAUUUUUUAAAGAUGAUAAACGAUAUAUACAUAAAGAUAUAAACAUUGCCCAAAUUUUGCAUCUUUCCAACUUUUUUGAAUUGAAACUGUGUGAAAAUAUAUUGUAUAUCAAUAAAAGGCAAAAGCAUAUUGACUUGACUCAAACUUUUGACUCCCACUGUAAAUAUCGCACUUUUGACUCCCACUGUAAAUAGACAGAGCAAAAACGUGAAAUGAGACUGCGCCCGACCUCCGAGGAAAUAUAAGAAACUUUUCCCUCGCCCGCUUAGGCUAUCACGUGACCAGCUCCGACUAGGGUUUUUUCUCCCCAAGAGGGAGAGCCUGGGAACGAGAUUGGCGUAUUAGUUUUGCGGCAGGCGGUUUUAUCGCCCGCAUUUUCGCAAUUGCGUCUUCCGGCGCCUCGCCUUACCGCAGGCUACUGGAAGGCAGAAUGUAGACUUGUUGAACAGUUUAACUCGGAAGUUCAUUCAGUUAUGGAGCUAAUGCUCACAUCAAGGACAAAUGGAUCAAAUUUGCCAGUUUGUCUGAAUUAGGAUAGAAAAUGUAUGCGAAAUUUAUACAACGUGUUCUCUUUGCCUGGAAUGUGUAUUUCAAAAAUAUGCCUUGCAUCAUGCAAAACAGAGUGCUUUAUAUUUUUCAGGUAUACUGGUUUGCUUCAAUCGAUCAACGAGAUCAUUAAAUAGGAGAACCGAAAUAACUCCAAGGUAAGAAAGUAGUUAAUUAAAUCAGCUAAAACCCAUUAGCCAUAGAUUAAAGAUUUUACAAAUACAAGUAUUUUAGAAACAGGUUUUCAUUUGUAGGUUAUUAGCACUGGCUUAAAAAUGAGGACUGGGUACAGUGCAUCUGCUAUGCCUAAAUGAAGCCAAUGCAGGCCCUACUGGUGUGAUUACCACAAUUGUACUGUAUUGCUGCUGACAUGUUAGAAGAGGUUUCAGUUUAUUGCAGGGAAUGACACGUAGUGUCCACGUAGAAAUUGGUAAUUCCAGCGUUUUGAACGCUCUAAACUCAUCAAGAACCAAUCUUUCAGAUUGCUUGUAGAGAAAAGCCAUUUGCUUAUUAGUGGAACUAAUUUAAACACUUAAUAUAUUUCGAUUUGGAAAUUACUUCUUAUAAAUAUUUUGACUUCAAUUGUGGUUCAUUGAUUUCAAAAAGCCACUCUGUCCAGUUAUAGUUGUUAGAAUGGUCGGGAUAAUAUAUAGCAUGUUGGUAAUAUAAUUAAUUAUCAUUUAUUUACUGAAACCGAGAGAAACAGCGUGUUUUGUGGCCCCGACACCGCCGUUGGCGAAGCCGAGGGCAACGACGGCGGUCGAAGGGCCACAAAAUCGUUUCCCCGAGGUGUCAGUAAAUGCGUGUUUUAUUAUAUAUAGCAAGUGUCAGUCUCAAUAGUCCCCCUAGUAUUCCGAAACUGUAAUAAAACCGACAUGCUGAAACACUUCCGGUUUUAUUAUUGACCGGUCAAUAAUUGUUUCAUUAUAAUUGUUGACCAGUGAACAUGACGUUUUGUGGACCAGCGCGUGGUACGGUUUUGACUAAUCGUUAAACAGGAAAAUGAAUUUGGACACUUGCUAUAUAAUAACUAUGAAUUAAUACCUUAACACACUUUUUUAAACACUGUUUUGUUAAGGUCCCUGUCGGCUUUGUCUGCAUAUAGAGAUUUAUCCUCAUUUUAUAAUGCAGAAACACUGAAGGUAAGUGUGACCAUAGUUGGUGUGGCUUCGAAAUUAUAGUGGGCGCAUGCAAAUAUAUUAAGGUGGCUUGAUACAAUUUUUAAAAACUGUAGUAGGAAAACAAGCACGUUGACCCCCAAUUUUUUCCCGCACUCUUUUACUUAGAACAUAGACUAACAAUAAGCAAAAUAUAAAAAUUUGUCUUAUGCCAUUUGUUUUUGGAAAAACGCCAAAAUGUCGUUUUUUUCAUAUAUGUACAGUAAGUACUUUCGUUAAUAUUUCCGCAGACACGAAUGGUCACGCGAGUAAUUUGUUCAUAUAGUAUAACGUUUUAUUUUCGCGAUUCUUGCCUAUAAGGGAUUUUGUGUGGAUUAAUACAUCGAGCCACCUUAAGGAUUUUGAAAGAAACGAUUUCUUUCAAAUUUUCAGAGAAAACGCAUGAGAACCAAUGCUACAAAAAUGUGCAUGUGUGAUAGAUAGAAAGAUAUAAAAGCUUGCGUUCUAGUGUAUUCCCUGGACGUGAGUAAAUAAAUUGUUAAUUAGUUGAUUAAAGUUUUUAUUUUUAGACUGGUGUAAAGUCAAACAGCUCUUAUCGCAAAGCUUUGGUAAUUUUACGUGACGCUUCGUCACUGAUGGCCUUUAAUCGCUCUCUAGGUCAAAAUUAUACGUAA